AUGGAACGUUCAGCCCUCCAAGAUGCCUUGUUGUGGCAGCCCGUGGUGCAGCAUGAGGGCAUGGCGGGAGGCAGGAGUGGGGAAGCAGUGGGGCAGCAGUGGGACAGCAGUGGGGCAGCAGUGGGGCAGCAGUGGGGAAGCAGUGGGGCAGCAGUGGGGCAGCAGUGGGGCAGCAGUGGGGCAGCAGUGGGGCAGCAGUGGGGCAGCAGUGGGGCAGCAGUGGGGCAGACGUGGGGCAGCAGUGGGGCAGCAGUGGGGCAGCAGUGGGGCAGCAGUGGGGCAGCAGUGGGGCAGCAGUGGGGCAGACGCAGGGAAGGGCAGGGAGGAUUGGGCCACAGACCAGCACGAGACUGUGAAGGCAAGGAGUGUCGGAGGGGCAAUGAAGGACGUAAUUCGUGGGAGACGGAGGGGAUGAGAGCAGAAGAGGAGGUGGCAGCAUAA